UAUGCAUUUCCCCCGCAUGGCGUAGCGCAAGAAUCGGCUCCAGGCAACUCGGGGAAGGAAGGCGCGGCCGACGUGACGUUCCUCCGGCGGCGCUGACGACGGCUCGGGGGGCGUUCCGAGAUAAGUGAUAAGCAACAGCAAGAGAAAGCCCUGCUUUUGCUUCUGUCAUUGGAGAGAUUGGGAAGAAGACACAGAAGAAUGGAAUGUAGUGUGAAAUUUUUAUUUGCCGUAAUAUUGGUGAUCCUUGCUGAAGCGAGCCUGGGGGCCUUGAUCAGCCAGAAGCAUUUUGCGCAGAGUCCAGUGUUGCUCCCUCCCCCUGAGAGCAGCCUGGAUUGUCCAUGUAGCCAAGACCUGCUAUGUAUGCCCCUUGCUCAAGCCAAGGAGAAAAGUCCUUCCACACCUCAUGUUCAGGAAUAUGUCAAAAAGUCUGCAAAGAAAGAGGUAUUUGCAUUUGUUCUUAAGUGUGAUUCUUCAGUAUGGAGCAAGUUUGACUGGACCAAACUAACAACAAUUGCUAUUGCUGGUUUUUAUGAUCCCCAUCUUGUGUGCUUUGCUCAUCAGCAUGGAGUAAAAGUUGUCAAACUAGGUAACUUCCCAACAAGCAAACUGCCCAAUGCCACUGCUCGGGCAAACUGGGUUGACAUGCAAGCCAGUGACACUGCCCUUAAAUUCUUGGACGGAAUAAACAUUGACUAUGAGGAUGCCAUUCAACCAAACACUCCAGAGCAAAAAGGCCUCACAAGCCUUGUCCGAGAGACUGCAAGUGUUUUUCACUCCAUCUUGCCUGGAUCACAGGUAUCCUUUGAUGUUGCAUGGUCAGCAGAUGGCAUAGAUGGACGAUUUUACGAGUAUAAAGCUAUUGCUAAUUACAGUGAUCUGAUAUUCAUUAUGGCCUACGAUGAGCAGAGUCAGAUAUUAGAAGGCCCUUGUACUGCUAGACCAAAUUCAGGCAUCUACAAGACAGCACAAGGGAUAGAGUCAUACAUAAAUUUGGGUAUUCCUCCCCAGAAGAUGAUUCUGGGUGUUCCCUGGUAUGGGUACAACUACCCAUGCAUUAACUUGGAUAAGAAUGGAACAUGUUUCAUCAAGGAAGUCCCCUUCCGAGGUGUAAAUUGCAGUGACGCAGCUGGGAAGGAAUAUCCUUACAGCUACAUGGUCAGCACUCUGGAGGCAAAUCAUGCACAGUACCACUGGGACAAGAACUCUCUUAGUCCUUGGUUUAAUGUCAAGGAUAGCAGCACGGGUCAGAUGCACCAAAUGCGUUAUGAUGAUGAGAGAAGCUUGGCUUAUAAAUAUGCAGUAGCAUUGUCAAGGGGCCUGAGCAUUGGAAUUUUUACAGUCAAUUACCUUGACUACUCUGCUUCAGCAACUGCCAUACAUCACCGAAAAGUUAUGUGGGGACUCUUGCCACCAUCAGUGUAGCUCAGGACACAGGCUAGUUACAUUAGUCCAAAAGUGGUAUCUGUAAUUCAUAACAUCCUCAGAAUCUGUUAAAAGCUUUAUACUGAUAAAUGUGCAUAUUGUGCACAACUACCCAUAAAUGUAAAACUCCCUUAUAAGCAGUUUGUAAAAAUUCUAGUUCAUGUAAAGUAACAAUAUAGGAAAAAUUGAAUUACCAAAUGUGGAUUUAAACUACAAAGUUCUUUUAAUUAUUUAUAGGAGUAUGAUAUAUAGAUGUUUGCCAAGUGAUUCACAGUGCUUAGUUGACAAGAAAAAUGUACUUCAACAUUUGUUAUACAUUUCUCUAUUGAUAAAUAAAUAAUAUUCACCA